CCGUGAUUGGUGACCUUGAACGAGCGGGCUUUUGUACAUUCUGGUGUGUAAUAUUUUGGGUUCGGGAUGCCACUGGAGAAUCUCGAGGAAGAGGGUCUGGAGAAAAUACCGGACUUGCGGCUUGCCCAAUGGGUGUUCCGGGCAGGCCUAUCGAAAACAACGUCAGCGGACAAAGAGGAACUGCAAGAGAAAAUUAUGAAGGUUAUCAGAGAAGAAAGACGUCGAAGAAUUUGCUCUCAAAUCCUCGAAGUUGGUGUAUCCCAGGCGACGGAGACGUUUCGCGAUUUCCCUUGCAACUUGAUUAUGACGAGCAGAUCUAGCGUCAUGCACGAUCCAGCAGGACUGCAGAUUAUGCACCAAGCUCUCCCUUUGGCCACAGUUUCCACGAUAAAACAUCGUCCGGCCACCAUGACCUCGCCGAGCGCUUCUUACUCUCGUCCGGAGCAGGUUGCAUCGGAGCUAGAUACCGCGGAUAAAUGCCCGAGGAAACACAUUUUCCGGGAAGCACAAACCAUCAAUUCGACAGAGGCGAAGCGACCAAUUCCCUCAAGCCGUGACCGUCAACGCUGUUGUGCUGACCAUCAUCCCAAGCAUCCACCAGCUCUUAAUGGUGUUUGCGCAUGCACCAUGGACCCGGAUCGGAAGUUUGAAAUCCCGAACAAUCUUGCCAAAUGCGGAAUCGUUGUCCACAUUGCGUAG